AUGGAAUAUAAAUCAGAAAUUAGCAAACUUCUGCAGACAAAAUUACUGAGGCCAGAUUUGGUAGAGAAUGGUGCAGGUGUGGUUUGUCUGGGCUACAGCUGCAACAACCCAGACAUUAGAGUAUGUAUGCCUACUGCUAUGCAUGCUUACAUGCUACGAGAAGCUGAUGAUGAUGGCGAUGUGCAGCAUAUGUCUCCUGCAGCUGAUGAUGAUGGCGAUGUGCAGCAUAUGUCUCCUGCAGCUGAUGAUGAUGGCGAUGUGCAGCAUAUGUCUCCUGCAGCUGAUGAUGAUGGCGAUCUGAGGAUGAUGGCGAUGUGCAGCAUGUCUCCUGCAGCUGAGGAUGAUGGCGAUGUGCAGCAUAUGUCUCCUGCAGCUGAUGAUGAUGGCGAUGUGCAGCAUAUGUCUCCUGCAGCUGAUGAGGAUGGCGAUGUGCAGCAUAUGUCUCCUGCAGCUGAUGAGGAUGGCGACGUGCAGCAUACGUCUCCUGCAGCUGAUGAGGAUGGCGACGUGCAGCAUACGUCUCCUGCAGCUGAUGAUGAUGGCGACGUGCAGCAUACGUCUCCUGCAGCUGAUGAUGAUGUGUCUCCUGCAGCUGAUGAUGAUGGCGACGUGCAGCAUACGUCUCCUGCAGCUGAUGAUGAUGGCGACGUGCAGCAUACGUCUCCUGCAGCUGAUGAUGAUGGCGACGUGCAGCAUACGUCUCCUGCAGCCGAUGAUGGUGGCGACGUGCAGCAUACGUCUCCUGCAGCCGAUGAUGAUGGCACAUUCACGUUUAAUAACUACCAGUUUUUGCAGGGUUUAAUAUUUGCAGUAGAUGAAAUUAAUGCAGACCCCUAUCUUUUACCAAAUAUUACUCUGGGAUUUGGGAUUUUUGAUUCCUGUACAGCAGUACAAAGAGCUGUUCUUGGAGUAAUGUGGCUCCUAACAGGGCAGGAUCUUCACAUUCCAAACUUCCGCUGCCAGAUCCGGAAUUCUUUGGCUGCUAUAAUAGGUGAUGCUCCAUCUCAGAAUUCCAUUCAAAUGGCUCAAAUUCUGGGACUUUACAGAUAUCCCCAGCUACUUCUAUACAUGAAAAAAGUGCAGUUCAAAAAUAAAAUGGGCGAUGACAUUUUCUUUGAUGAAAAUGGUGAUGCACCAGGAAUUUAUGACAUUUUAUACUGGCAUGCAAAUCCAUCUGGAAAAUCCACAUACUUCAAGAUUGGAAGAUAUGACUCUAGUAUUCAGCGUGGCAGACAGCUUUUAAUCAACGAUAGCCUUGUCCACUGGAUCAUAGGAAAAGAUCAAGUAUCCAAAUCCAUUUGCAGUGAAAUGUGCCCUUCUGGCUAUAGGAAAGCCACUCAGAAAGGAAAGGCUAAAUGCUGUUUUGACUGUAUCCCAUGUUCAGCAGGAGAAAUUGCCAACCAUACUGAUUCCCUGGAGUGUAUGAAAUGUCCGGAUGAGUACUGGUCUAAUGACAGCAGGGAUUAUUGCAUCCCCAAAAAUAUUGAGUUCCUAUCCUACCAGGAUCAUUUAGGUUUAGCUUUGGCUACUCUAGCUACUUCCUGUGCAGUGGUCCCUGUGGUCAUACUCACAGUGUUUGUAUCUCAUGGAGAGACUCCUGUUGUAAAGGCAAAUAAUAGAGACAUCAGCUACCUUCUGCUGGUGGCACUCAUUCUCUGCUUCCUCUGCGCCUUGAUAUUCAUUGGAGAACCCUUGGCAGUUAACUGUAUGCUCCGUCAGACCACAUUUGGAAUUGUUUUUGCCCUUUGUAUUUCUUGUGUCCUGGCUAAAACAAUUAUGGUUGUCAUAGCAUUUAAUGCCACAAAGCCAAACAGUAAUUUAAAGAAAUGGGUUGGGCCUAAACUUCCCAGCACUGUUGUUUUUGUCUGCACUUUCAUUCAGGUUUUACUUUGUUCAGUAUGGCUGUGUCUAUCACCUCCUUUCCCAGAACAUAAUGCAAAAUCCCAAGCUGAGAAGAUAAUAUUUGCAUGCAACGAAGGAUCCCCAGUUGCUUUCUGGUGCAUGAUGGGAUACAUGGGACUUUUAGCCAGCCUUAGCUUUAUAGUGGCAUUCCUUUCAAGAAACCUUCCUGACAGUUUCAAUGAAGCCAAAUUUAUAACCUUUAGUAUGAUUGUGUUUGUGAGUGUAUGGCUAUCUUUCAUCCCAGCCUACUUUAGCACCAAAGGUAAAUAUGUGGUUGCUGUGGAGAUAUUUGCUAUUUUGUCUUCCAGUGCUGGAGUGGUCAUUUGCAUCUUUUUUCCAAAGUGUUACAUAAUUAUGUUACAACCAUCUAUGAAUACACGAGAAUACUUAAUGGGGAAAGGAAAUUACAGCAACAAACAUGCCUAA